GCAGAGUUAAACUGAGAGGAAGAUAUGGACAGUAUUCGAAAAAUAUCUGUGCGAGUCUUGAUCGAGGCGGGGCGAGAGAGUUUUUCAGGAGCAGGGUCGCUCUCUGACUUUGUGUCGUACGCAUUGCAAACAUUCUAGCAUGCCUGGAGCCUGACAAUAAACAGGUUUUGUGGGAUGAUCAGAAAGCAAUGCAGCAGAAACUUCUUUGACGGGCGCCGCUUGGACUAGAAAGGGGACACGUUUCGAAGAGACUGCGAAGUCAAACGGGGGACUAAAAGCAGGGACCGAUAAUGCCCGAUUUGGGAUGGACUAAGGGAAAGCUCGAAGAUUACGUGUAAUACAAGAACCAAUAAUAAUGGCUCAUCGAUCGCAGUGUUCCUCCGCUGGGGAUAAUCCCUUGGAUCCCAACUACCUGCCGCCGCACUACCGCGAGGAAUACCGCCUGGCCAUCGACUCCCUCGUGGAGGAGGACCUCGAGGGCUACUACCACUUCCUGCAGAGAGCGGACGUGGUGGACUUCCUGUGCUCGCAGGAAAUCAAGUUCAUCCAGAACGCCGUGCAGGUGCCCCGGGAGGGUAACUAUGGAGACCAGCAGCGGUGCCUGCCUGGUUCUGGAGGGGACAGUUCUUCGGACACCUACUGGCCGGUCCACUCUGACCUGGACGCCCCGGACCUGGACCUGGGCUGGCCCCAGCUGAACCGCUUCGUGGGCCCCACCGAGGUCACCACUCUGGUGAACCCGCCGGAGCCCGACAUGCCGAGCAUCAAGGAGCAGGCCCGGAGGAUGAUCAGGUCCUCCCAGCAGGUGGUUGCCAUAGUGAUGGACAUGUUUACAGACGUUGACAUAUUUGCGGAAAUACUUGAUGCUGCAAUGCGGAAUGUGGCCGUCUAUAUCCUACUCGAUGAACUGAACGCUCAUCAUUUCGUCAACAUGCUCUCAAACUGUCGUGUCAACCUGGACUGCAUCAAAUCGUUGCGUGUCAGGACAGUGUCCGGCAUCUCCUACCAAUGCCGCUCGGGGAAGCUGCUCAAGGGUCAGAUGAUGAGUCGCUUCUUGCUGACGGACAGCAGGGCGGUACUCAGUGGAAACUACAGCUUCAUGUGGUCUUUUGAGAAACUACACCGCUGUUUUGCACACCUCUUCCUUGGACAACUAGUUUCUAACUUUGAUGAAGAGUUCCGGAUUUUAUAUGCCCAGUCCCAACCAAUGACAAUGGAGAAUUUACCCGCUCCAAAAGAGAUCUUUGUUCCUUUACCUGAGAGGCAAUAUUUAACUGACAGGUCGGUCAGAGAGUCCAGGAAACAUGCUACAGUAGACAACCCAGGUCCAGAUGAAAGGUCUCGACACAAUUUGGAUGAAAGGGGGGAUAAAGACUGGAAGAAUAUGCCUCAUAACCGGCAUGAAGACAUGUACAUGAACCCCAGCCAGCAAUUGAGAAUGGGCCAGCCUUACGAUCAGAGCUCUUCUCGGAUGCCUUCAAAUUUGAUGGAAGGUCAAAACUACAAACGACACAGUUAUGCUGAAGGCAAACAAACAUCAUAUCAACCAAUGCAGCAACCAGGAAUGCCACACGUUGAAGGUCAGGGAAGGCGGACGGAUGCGGUCUACAGUGCCUAUGAUAAAUUCAAGAACCACGCCUAUCCUCAAGUGGAUCAGCACCCUGAGCCCGGCUUACCACAUGAGAUGGAACAGCCUGAAAGCUACGACCUGGUUCUUAACUACUUGUCAUCAACAAGCAACGUAGAGAUGGACAAGAUGUCUGACAAUUUCAACCCUGCGGCUGAAUUGUCGACAGGUUCAUCUCGUCCUAAAAGGCUAAGUCUUGGCAAACCACAGGCCUAUGAGCCCUCACCUUCGCCUCCCAACCAACCUGAGCAGGGGUCUAACGUGGACCGCAAGGAUCCCACAGUGAGGCAGGGGCUAAGGAAUUGGAGAAUUAACUCUUACCUCAGCACGUGUGACAAUGCAGGAGAGGAGGACAUGCCACUGCCAACUCAUCAGGCCUCAGACCCCUUCGACGAGACCCCUAACCCCUCAUACAACACAGUAUCGGGCCCUGAUUUAUCCACUGCUAAGCCUCCAAAUACUCUGGAGUUCAAGGUCCCGGCGGUGCACAGACCUUAUCCUAGCUUCAGGAGAUCCAAUCUCCCUGAGCAUUACCCAGAGGAUUUCCUGACGCUUCCAGCACAGGCCAAAUUAACUCCAUCCACUUCGGAAUCUUCAUUAACCGAAGCAGAUAAGACGGACGAAAUGGAUGAACAAGAACCAAAAGAGGAGUCAUUCCGUAGAAGAUUUAAUCCAGCGGUGCAAAGAAGCUCCAGGCUAAGAUCUUCUCUGUUAUUCAGCUCUCAACUUGACCAGCCUGGUUCUCAAGAUAUCAGAACUACCACAGGGAAACAGGAUGAGGACACGGAUAAGGCUGAGGGUUCUGAGUCGAAAUUACCCUUUGCCUUACAGGUUUUGGGUCAUAGAAAGACGUUUGUAAAAGAGCCUUUUGAUUGGAGCCGUCUUGCAAAAUCAGCCACUGUUGAUAGCUCUCUGACAGACGCUUCAAAAUCAGAUGAUGUUGGAGAUAAAGAGGGCAUAGAGAACACUUCAGGAACUCAGCCUUUGAAAGAUAAUCAUAAAAACACUGAUCUAGUGACGGCAUCAAAGCCUAUGGAUGCAUUGAUGCGACCAAGCUCAUCCCAUUGUGAGCUGUCGAAAAUAGACCAGCCUAGACAGCUUUCUGACUCUUUAAUGGGAAUCCCCUUUGUAGAUAUGAGUGAUGCCGAUCACAGGCUCAUGUUUUUCAAACAAUUAGCUGCAAAGAGAAAAGCAGAGAAAGUCUCAGAAUCAGCAAGAGCGAACACAGACAAAGUUGUACUGAAGACUCAAAUGGAUCCAAAGACCGCCACUGUGAAAAUUGAGCAGCCUACACAGAAAAAAACACAGAGUGAUCCUGUUGUCGAGGCUAGCUGUGAAAAGGAGCAGAGCAAUGUAUCAACAGAUUCAGAAAAGUUGGAGCUGAAGAAAAGCCAAACACAAGACCCUAGUUUGUCAGUUAAAUCUGAAUCUUCCCUGAAGGAGUCUUCUAUCCGUGACCCCAGUUGUGUAGAACAUCCGGCAUCUUCUAAAUCUGCAUCAAUUCCCAACUCAUCUGAAUCCAGCGUUGCUCAUAACCCUGUUGGAGUAGACUCAAGUUUGUCUCUUUCAGUUCCAUUAGUGUCAAGCUCUUCUGAGCAAAUCCAAUCUGAUGUUGACCCUUCAAAACACGUCACAAUUUUUCCUACUCAACCCAUCAUUGUAAGAGAACCUUUCAAGUGGAACCGUAACGUAAGGUCAGCCAUUUUUGAUACCACUAUUAAAAAGAGAGACACUGUGGAUAAAACUGAGAACUCCUCUGGAGUUGAACAUCCGGAAAACAGUGUUGGCAAGGCAGCGUCAAAGGCUGCAGAUGUAGAACUGUCAAUUCCACAAUGUGUGCUGCGACCUAGCUCCUCUCAUUGGGAGCUAUCCAAAAUAGACCAGCUGGUUCAACCUCAAUCUUUUACGGGUGAAUCAACAGUAGACAUGACGGAUGCUGAUAACAGGCUGAUGUUUUUCAAAGAGUUGGCAGCAAAACGAAAAUCUGAGAAGGCUGAAGGAACAAAGGACCCAGCCGCAGUUUCCCUGACGACUCACUCGAAUUCUAAAAUCAACAUGUUGCACAAUGAGGAACCUGCCGCUCAGAAACUAGAUGCAGAGGGCACUGGUCAUUCCAAGGAAGGCGAAACUAAAUUACAUAAAACCGCCUUGGAGAAAUAUUUCACAAAGGAUAUAGCACAAUUAACUCCAACGGUAUCCACGACAGGUGAUGACGAUAAUGUACCUGUUCCCAUGGCUGCUUGUGAGAGUGAGCGAGGCAGCGUUACUACUGAUUCAGAGAAGAUGGAGCUGAAGAAAAUUAAAAGACAGGCAUCUACUGGCACCCCGGAUCAAUCUCCGUCAACCAUCUCCAGCCAACCACUGGAAGUCCCCCCCACCCCUACCCCCACGGAAACCAGUACUGCGGCUAAUUCUAGGACCUCGCAGAACACCCCUACAGAUCCAAGAGAGCCAGCGGAGGCUCCCUCUCCCCCUUCCCUGGAUUCAUCUACACCCGGCGGCGUAUCCCCAGAGGAAGAUGCUACAAAGUCCUCACCUGCGAGAACUGUAUUAUUUUCGGACGUGGAAACCAUGAAACCCGAAUCCACUAGUUUCCCAACUGAGAUCCCCGAAACACGUUCAGAAGAUGCAGAAUCCGAUGCUCCUUCUGAAGCUUGUGAAAGUGAUUCAAAGCCAACCUCGAUCCAGACCCCCUCAGAGACAUUACCGGAGGAACCAUGUGCUCCCAGUUCAGAAGAUGAACUUCCGCCAAUAGAAUCCAACUCUGCUGCUCUGGAGUCAUCUUCUCCCACUGCAGCGCUUCCAUCCCAGGAGGAUGUUGAAGAUAUAACCAAUGCAUCGCUUAGCAUUAGCCUACCACAACCAUGCUCAGCUGACCCAACAGAAUGCUCUGAAUCAUCGAUAUGUAACGUCGAAAAAGAACCAGUUGAUUCACCAAAGUCGAAUGCAGCUGAUGAAAUUAAGAUAGAAGAAACAGUUUUACCAUCUUCUACCCUUGCGCCUGACUCAGAUGGCUCAGCGCCCCCUAUACCCACUUUAUCCGAAGAAUCUCCAAUCGCUCUGGUAUUACAAACUUUGUCCGAAAACCAAACUAAACCUACAUUAGAAGUGAUUCUCACCCAAACUCCAGACCAAACCAAACUCACAGGGGCUGAUGAAACCACCAUAGAAUUAAAACUGAUUGCUUCUGAAAGCUGUCCAUCAGAACCAAUAGUAGCAAUUGAGAAGAGCACGGUUAGCGACCCCUGUGAAGUUGAAAAAGAAUCAACUACGACAGAGGAGCCCGUUCCUGUGUCCCCCCUGUCAAAGCAGCCCAAAGCCUCCCAGUCCCGCUACCAUUCCUCAACUGCCAGCGUGAUCUCGAGCAGCAACCUCAGAGAUGACACAAAGCUGCUCUUAGGACAGAUAUCUGCUAACAGCCAGAACAGGAACGAACCCACCAAGGAGCAGCCAGUCACAGAUGACGAUAAGGAAUCCGAGGCUGACAAGAAGGCUAAAGGCCAAAAAGAUGGAGGCUCUAAGUAUAAAGUCAGAGGAUCAACAAAGACAGCAGAGGAACGUGAAGUGCUGCUUCAAAAGAUCCAAAGUAUGCGAAAGGAGAGGAAAGUGUACAGCCGGUUUGAGACUCCAAAAUAGCAGGGGAUCAAGCAAGAAGGUUAAAGAAGGUAUGCAUAUCUGUGGCAAUAAUCCAACAACAACGUCUGGACUGCAUCACUCGAGACAUGAAAUAAUAGGUGCUUUAAAUACAUUGGUUCAAAUUGAGAGAAUUUUUUCAGAUUUUUUUAUGGAUAUUUAUCAUGUGUGCUAACUGGGAUCGAAGCAUGCAGUACUGAACGCAUCAGAUGGAUGAAUACGGGCCUUCUACUGUGGAUCUGGCAAUUAUCGUGUACAGGGCGACUGCUGUAAACACGAAAGGGAAAGACAAAGAGAUGUAUGAUGAAAUUAAUUCUCAAGACUGCAUGGGUAAAGUGCAAUGUAAUGUGGUUGGCACCACUGAAUGUGGUGGAAGUGGUAUCGUUUUGAUACCCGUUGCACAUGUUUAUGAUCUUUUUUUAUAAACAAUACGAUUUUUUUUCUAAUUUUUAGUGCUGGUUACUUAUAUGAUAGUCAAUAUGGGCCAAUACAAAAAAACAUGGGAUCUGUAGUUCGUAGUUAAGUUCUUGAAAUAUUGGCAUUGUGAAAUUAUUUGUAAUGAUGGAACAAAAAAGGAUUUGUUUAACCUGACAUUCAAACAAAAAAACACGUAUCAGGCUGUGCAUAUCUGAGAACUAUGCUGUUUUUGUGUUUUUUGUUUUCCUGCCAUAAAUAUUGUGUCAAGUUCAGUUCCAAACAUUGUCUUACUUUGCCAAAGCUGUCCUUCAAGCUGUACUUAAUGUUCUCGACCUUAAAGCCAGAACCUGUAUUGUUGUGAUGACUUUCCAUUUCUGAAUUUGCAAAUGCUGCAUACAUUUUGCAUGACAGUUAUGGAUGUUUUGUUGUUCUUUAUGGCUUUUUUUUGUUACAUAUAUUUUAGAAGAUACAUUUGAUUAAUUAUAACUUUCUUUGUCUACUAUGUAUGCAAUUUAUUUGUAAAUAAAACUUCCGUUAAAUAUUA